AUGUACCGAUAGUAUGAUUAUACAUACUCUCCAUCAAAAUCAUCUAAUACUUUUGAUGAUAUGGAUCAAAGACUUAAUGCAGUUAUUAAUGCAAAUGAAAAAUUGGUACUUUUUAUCAUUUAGAUUUCAUUUAGACUUUACUGUUAAAAGAGAAAAUUUAAGAAAAUGAUUAACUGAAGGAAAAUAUUGAUAUUCUUUAUAAUAACAAUUAAGAAUUAUCUGAAAUUAAUAUAUAGUUAUGUGAAUAAAUCAAAAGAUGUAAAAAUUAGAAAUGUUCUUCAUUAAAUUAAAAAAAUCUCUUUGAUCUAGAAAAAGAACUAUCAACCUUGAAAGAAAUCAUAGUUUAAAAGGAUAGAGAACUAGCAAAUUAUCAGUAGCAUUUUGAAGAAGACUUACAGUUAGAAAUAACUUAAAAAGACUAUGUAAAAUAUUAUCAAUAACGUGCUAGAUUGAUAAAAUCGAAAGUUUAGAACAUCUUAAUUAAAAAUUAAUACAUGAAUUAGACUUGGUUAAUAAAAAAUAUAUUGAAAGUUAGAGAGGAUCAUAUACAAAAUCUGAAAAUAAUCAUCAAGUUUAAUAAUAUGAAACAAUAAUUGAAGAUUUAUAAUAGAAAAUAGAAGAGAUGAAUAAGAUUAUACAUCAAAAAGAUGAUGAAUUAUCAAAAAACCAUAAUAAAUAAAUCUUAAUCUAAAUGGAAUAAUUGUAAGUGGAGAAAAUAACUCAAUCAUUAUAAUUAGAAGAACAAAAAAAAAAAAUAUAUAAAUUAUAAUAAGAACUUGAUGAAAAAAAUAAUAUUAUUGAUUAAUUGAAGAAAAAUUAUAGUCUCAAUUCAUCUAGAAAUGAAAUAAUACAAAAAUAAAAUAUACUUUAAAAUAAGCAAUAAUAUAUUAAAAUAGAAUAAAAUCAUUUAGAAUUAAAUAAUGAUAUAGAAACAACUGUUAAAAGAAGAUCUAAUUUUGAUUUUUAAACUGGAAAAUUUAUAUCUUAAGCAAAAGGAUUUAAUGAAUAAAAGAGUCCUCGUUCUUAAAUUUCUGAUUAAGAUUCAUAUUUAUAUCUAUAUGAAAAAAUAUAGUAAGAAUUAUAAAUCAAAGAAAAAUAAUAUAAUGAUCUCCUUUAUUAAAAAUAAAUUGCAGAUAAUGAAAAUGAAAAACUUGUUAAUUUAAUCAAAGAUUUAGAAUAUAAAAUUUAAGAAAAAUAAUUAUUAAUUGAUCAAUAAGAUAAUGAAAUUAAAUCUCAUAAUAGAAAUAUUAGAAAAAAGGAAUCAGAACAUAAAAAGAAUAUAAUUAAGUAACAAGAUGAUUUAUAAAUUUAUGAAGAUAAAUUGAAUGCCCUUGAAAAUCUAAGGAAUGAAGAACUUAUUAUAUAAUAACAACAAGUUUUUUAAAUAUAAAAUUAGAUUAAAUAAAAAGAUUUAGAACUUAAAAAACUGUAGGAUUAAAUUAAAGAGAAGAAUAAAUUGCAAACUAAUUUAUAAUCUGUUAUAGAAGAAAAAAAGGAAAUAUAAUAAAAUUUAUAAUUGAAAGAUUAAAAGGAAGAAGAUUUAAAAGCAAAAAUUGCAUUGCUUCAAUAAUAACUAAAAACAAAAGAGCUUGAAAAUAAAAGUCUAAAAGAUAAAGAAUAAAGUUAAAAUAAAAUAUAUGAUUUAGAGAAUUAGAUUAUUUAAUUAAAAUUAGAAUUAGAGCAAAAUAUAAUUAAUUCAGAUGUUUAAGUUGAAAUGAUUGAAAAAUAUGAAUAAUAGUUGAAAAUUAAAGAUUUUUAAAUUAACAAACUAUAAGACCAAUUAAAAGAUGUGAGCAAUAAGUAAAAAGAAUUAAUUACAGAAAGAGAGCUAGAAAAUUAAAGAAAUUAUUAAUAAAUUGAUGAACAAAAUGAUUUAUUAGCAAAAUAAGAGUAUGAAAUUAAGAAAUUACAAAAUUUAAUUUCAUCCAGACCUUUGGAUAAAACUUUGAAUAUUUAAUCUGAAAAUUUAGUCCUAAAAGAAUAAAUAGAUGGAUUGAUAAACCAAUUAGCAAAAUUAGAAUAGUAAGUUAUAAUAUUAGAAACAUAAAUGAAAGGAAAAGAUUAAGAAAUUAUUAUUAUAAGUUAAAAAUAGAUUUUAUCGAAUGCUGAACUCUAAACAAAUAUGAGAAAAUAAGAGGCUGAAUAGAAUGAUAAAUUAAUUGAGAAAGAAUAAUAAAUUUAGGCAUUACUAAAAUAACUCUAAUUAUAAAAAUAAGAGAUAGAAUAAUUAAUUUAAAAUAUUAAUGUAUCAUCUCAAAAGAUUAAGCAACUUUAAUUUCAAUAAACUGAAUUAGAAUAAAAAGAAUAAUAAGAAAUGGAAUCACAUAGAUAAGAAAUAUAAAAGAAAAUUGAACAAAUUCCAUAAAGUGAUGAUGGGACUACUUUAAGUGAACUAAAUUCGUAUAGAAUGGAUGAAUUGAAAAACUUUGCAACUUAAUUAGAAUCAUAGAAUAAAUAAGAUUUAAUAUAAUAAAUAUUAGAUUAAAAAAUUGAAUCAAUUUAAAAAAAUGAUUAAUUAAACAAUUAAAUUAAAAUUUUAGAAGAAUAAAAAUAAAAAAUCUAAGUUAAUGAAGAAGAAAUAGAAAAUCUAAAAUAACUCUUAGAAACAAAAGAAAAAUAAUUGGCUGAAUUAAAAAGUUGUAAAUAAUAGAUAAUAACUCUUGAAAAUUAAUUAAAGGGUAAAGAGUAGAGUUUAAAGAAAGUUUAAGAGGAAAAUAAGGAAUUAUAACAAUAAAAACAAUUAGCAAAUUCAUAGAAAAAAUAAAAUGAAGCUUAAUAAUAAGAAUUAAAGAAACUAUAAGAUACAAUAAUUAAUUAAGAGUAAUAAAUUAAAGUGAAAGAUGAGAAUUUGAAAAAACAGUAAGAUUAACUUAGAGAAUUAAAUAAGAAAAACGAUUAAAUUUCAAAAGAUUUAAAUUAAAAUAAACUUUUGAAGGAUGAAGUUGAGAAACUUAAGAUUACACUUAAUUAGAAAGAAGAAGAGCUAAAGAAUUUAUAGAAUUAGAUUAGCAAUUAAAAAAAACAUGAAGAAUAAAUUAAAAAGCUAUAGUAACAAAUUGAUAGAGAUACAAAAGCAAAAAAAGAAGAAAUAGAAAAACUUUAAAAUGAAAUAAAUUAAUCGAAUUAAGAAUUAAAGUAAGCUUAACAAUUAAACUAGAAUUAAAAGAAAUUAGAAGAACAGGUUAAAAAGCUAUAAUAAUAAAUAGAUUUAUAAACUGAAAAAAUAAAGAAAUAAUAAUAAGAUUCUGAAAAAAAAGAAUAAGAUUUAAAAAAGUAGAUAAAAGAGACAAAUGAAUAAUUAUCAGAAUGGGAAUAAAAUGAUCUAUCUAAAGAUCAGCAAAUAGAAAACUUUGCUAAAUAAAUAGAGGAAUUUAAGAAAAAGGAUUCAAUGUUUUAAAAAUAAGGGAAAAUAGUAAAAGAACUUUAAGAAUAGUUAAAAUAAGCAGAAAAAGUUAAUAAUGAAUUAUAAAAGGAAAAAGAAAAUAAAGAUGUUGAAAUAAAUUGUUAAAAGGAGAAUACUUAAUAGGAGAUAAAAGAUUUAAAAGAUCAGAUAGCUAAACUUUAAAAAUUAAAUGCUGAAAUAGUGAUAUAUGAAAAUAUCAUUUAAGUAGAUGUACGUAAAAUGUAAGAAUUGCAAAAGAAGAUAGAAUGUUUAGAAAGCUAUUACUAAUAGUAAGGUUCAAAAUAAAAUAUAGAAACUAAAAGUUAAGGAGUCACUCCUAGAAAAUAAAUAAGAGGAAGUUCAGUAAUGAAAUAAAAAGAUGAUUAAAUUUCAUAAAUGUCUCCUGAAUAAUUAUAAUUGCAUGUUAGAAACUUAGAAUAAAUAAUAAAAGAAGCAGGAUUAAGUAAUAAAAUAAACUGA